AUGAACACAACCAAGGCAGUAACAUAUUUUAUUAUUGAAGGUUUGAAGGACAAAUAUUUUAUUCUGUUUUCUGUCUUCCUAAUAAUAUAUCUUCUUGUACUGGGGGGAAACAGUAUGAUUAUGUAUCUCGUCAGAACAGACUGCAGACUGAAUUCACCUAUGUACUAUUUCCUGGACAAUCUGUCCUUCUGUGACAUGAUCUACACUACAGUGACUAUUCCAAACAUGCUGUCAGGAUUUCUAGUUGAAGUUAAAACCAUUUCUAAAACAGGAUGCCUUGUACAAAUGUAUGUUUUUCUUUCCAUGAGUGUAACAGGACGUGCUUUGCUAACAGUUAUGGCUUUUGAUAGGUACUUAGCUAUCUGUCAUCCUUUACGCUACACAUCAGUUAUGACUAGGAAGGUUUGUUUUUUGCUCAUAUUUUUGGCAUGGUUCUUUGGAUGGAUCCUGCCUCUCCCUUCCCUGAUUUUAGCAGUGCCACUGCCAUUCUGUGGGCCCAACAUAGUUAAACAUAUUUUCUGUGAUCACAGCUCACUUGUUAGCCUGGCUUGUACUAACACUACAAAUAACAACUUAAUUUCACUAAUCUUUGCUUUAUAUGGCCUUAUUGGUACUUUCCUGCUAAUUCUGGCAUCAUACAUCAGCAUUGGGAAAACCAUAAUCAGAAUGGGCUCAGCUGAACAACUGAAAGCUUUUGGUACUUGUGGCUCCCACCUGAUAGUGGUCUGUAUCUCUUAUGUGUCAGCCUCCUGUGUGUACAUCUCUUACCGAGUGACCAUGUUUGACUCAGAAGUACGUUUGGUUUUUGUUGUGCUUUACUCUGUACUGACUCCCCUGCUGAACCCCUUCAUUUACAGCUUAAGGAAUAAAGAGCUGCAGGAUGCAUUUAAAAGGGCCUUCAGCAGAUGCAACACAGUCUCACACACAAGUAAUUGUGUCAGGAAAGCUGUGCCCUCUAUCUCAUGA